GUGUAGCUUUCUCAGUUGCUCCCCGUCCAUUGAAUGCUGCUGGGCUGGGAGCAAUCAUCCUAUUGCACCUUGCUUACUGGGCGGUGCCGCGCCGAGUUAUAUCUGGGGGAGGGCUGCGCGUCUCGCACGUAUAUCCUCUUCCUGGAGGCUGAGUGUCGCACCGGCAGCGUGGUUUGGCGUGGAUGUGUGGAUCCACGUGGCUGCCUUGAGAUUCUGGCUGUGGCGCUUCCUCCAUUCACUUUUGCCAGCAGAGUCGGCCUGUAUCCUGGCCGAAGGUUGGGAGUCGGGCGUGCGUGGCCACGGAGCCGUGCGUUGGAUUCCUGAGUUAUCAAGCUGCAUUCUUCUGCGGCUGCCUCACCUGUUACCUGGGAAGCUGGGCCUUCACCUCUGAAGCGGGCGGCUACUACUGCUGUUGUCUGUGGGUUCAUUACGGCAAGCUCUCUGCUCGUCUGAGGGCCAGUGUGGCGAGUGGCUGACUGAUCCAUGCGGUGCUGGUCCCUUUACUUCCUGUACAGCAGAGCACUUGGGUGUUUUGUUUUCUUCAUAUGUGGUGUGUAGCAUCAGGACCCUUCCUCUCCCCCUUCAGUUAGUCAUCUCUACCUGAUCUGCACUCAGGAAGAAGCUGACAGGAACCGUUCACUGCAGGAACACAUUUGUAGAUCAGCGUUCAGACGAGUUUCAUGUACGAGGAAGUCAAACACAAACAGUCUGUGUGACCAAGAGGAGAAAUGGCGCAGCAAAGAAAUCAGCCAGAUUCAGAGAAAUUCUCUUGUUUCAUCUGUCUGGAUCUACUGAAGGAUCCGGUCACUACUUCCUGUGGACACAGCUACUGCAUGGACUGUAUUAAAACACACUGGGAUGGAGAGGAUCGUAAGAGAAUCUACAGCUGCCCUCAGUGCAGGAAGACUUUCACACCGAGGCCUGACCUGCAGAAAAACGUCCUGUUAGCAGAGUUAGUGGAGGAGCUGAAGAAGACUGGACUCCAAGCUGCUGCUGCUGAUCACUGCUAUGCUGGACCUGAAGAUGUGGCCUGUGAUGUCUGCACUGGGAGGAAGAUGAAGGCUGUCAAGUCCUGUCUUGGCUGCCUGAUUUCUUACUGUGAAAAUCACCUCCAACCUCACUAUGAUGUGGCUCAACUACAGAAACACCAGCUGGUGGAACCCUCCAAGAACCUCCAGGAGAACAUCUGCUCUCGUCAUGAUAAGAUGAAGGAGAUUUUCUGUCUCACUGAUCAGCAGUUGAUCUGUCAUCUCUGCACAAUGGAUGAACAUAAAGGCCAUAAAACAGUCCCAGCAGCAGCAGAAAGGAAGAAGAAGCAGAAGAAGCUGAAGGUGAGUCGACUAAACAUCCAGCAGAGAAUCCAGGACAGACAGAAAGAUGUGAAGCUGCUUCAACAGGAGCUGGAGGACAUCAAUGUCUCUGCUCAUAAAACAGUGGAGGACAGUGAGAAGAUGUUCAACCAGAUGAUACAUCUCAUCCAGAAAAGACUCUCUGAGGUGAAGCAGCAGAUCAGAUCCCAGCAGGAGACUGAAGUGAGUCGAGUCAAAGAGCUUCAGGAGAAGCUGGAGCAGGAGAUCAGAGAUCUGGAGAGGAAAGACGCUGAGCUGAAGCAGCUCUCAGAUACACCAGAUCACAGCCAGUUUCUCCACAACUACCCCUCAGUGUCAGCACUCAGUGAGUCCACACACUCAUCCAGCAUCAACAUCCGUCCUCGGAGACACUUUGAGGACGUGACAGCAGCUGUGAAGGAGCUCAGAGAUCAACUACAGGACAUUCUGAGGGACACACGGACAAACAUCUCACUGGCAAUCACUGAAGUGGAUGUUUCACUGUCAGGACCAGAACCAGAACCAAAGAGCAGAGCUGGAUUCUUAAAAUAUUCAAGAGAAAUCACUCUGGAUCCAAACACAGCACACAGAGAUCUGUUGAUAUUUGAAGGGAACAGACUAGUUAAAUUAAAGCAACAACCGCAAUAUUAUCCUGAUCAUCCAGACAGAUUCACUGAUUGUGCUUUUCAGGUCUUGAGUAAAGAGAGUCUGACUGGACGUUGUUACUGGGAGGUGGAGAGGAGAGAUGGAAGAGUUUAUGUAGCAGUCGCAUACAAGAGUAUCUGCAGAAAAGGAGGCUUCAAGGAAUGUGGAUUUGGACUAAAUGACAAAUCUUGGUCUUUAUGUUGUGGUCGCAGUUAUCAAUUCUCCCACAACAACAUCGAAACUCCGGUCUCUGGUCCUCGGUCCUCCAGAAUCGGAGUCUAUCUGGAUCACAGAGCAGGUAUUCUGUCUUUCUACAGCGUCUCUGAAACCAUGACUCUCCUCCACAGAGUCCAGACCACAUUCACUGAACCCAUACAUGCUGGAGUUCGGCCUAUAGGCUAUCGAGCUUCUGCAGAGUUCCUUAAACUCAAAUAGAGUAACUCCAGUGUCUGAGGGUCGGUUCAUGUUCAGCCCUGAUUUAAGUUUAUGAUCUACAGUUUACUUCUGUAGUUGCAGCAUUAAUUAGUCACAUGACGAUGAAACUGAUUGAUUCUUUAAUGUUUCAGUCAUUUUUAAAUCUGCUUUCAGCUUCUGAAAAAAAUCUUGAUUUUAUUUUCCAUAUCUGACAAGAAACUGACCGUUUUGUAGGUUUUGGAUUCAAACUGUUGAAUUGUUGAGCUGUGGGGGAUUAAAAUGUUUGUUUUAGUAUUUUCUGACAUUUUACGCUUGAAAUGAUUGACAGAGAAAAUAAUCAGCAUGAAAUAAUCAUUAACUGAAGUCCUGUAAUCCAUAGUUUCAUCAUUUAUUUGAUAUUUUCUGUGUGACAGUUGAGAUUAUUGUUGAUGAACAACCAGUUUGGCUGAAUGGAUUUGAAUCGAUGUUUGACGUUUCCUGAGAAUUUAUAACAUAAAAAUUAAAAAAAAAAAAACAGUGAUUCAUCACAGAACCGCUGAGAGACGCUGACUUUUUAGGUCUUUGUGUCUCUUUGCAGUAAUUUUAUGUCUUUUCUGCAGUAAUUUGGUGUGUUUUUUUGCAGUAAUUUUAUGUAUUUUUGCAGUAAUUCUGUCUUUGCAGUUUGUUUAUUUCCAGUUAUUUUGUGUCGUUUUGUGUUUUUGCAGUUGAAAUGUGUUUCUAAGCAGUAACUUCUUGCAGUCAUUUUGUGUAUUUUUGCAGGUGAAACAUUUAAACAUCAACAACUAACAGAAAAUGUGCAUCUGUAUCAGUUUGACACAUGAAAUCGCUAAAGUCACAUUUUAUUCUUUGCAUUUUAUUGUAAAUAUUUCCAUGUUUUCACAUUUUACCUUCUCAGAAACUAUUUUGCAACUUAAGAGUUGCAUGAAAAUGUAACAGGAAAUGACUUUUAAUGUUCUUCUGAAUCUGGUCUUUGCUUUCCUUUGAUUUGAAUCCAUGUUUCUUCAAUCUCAUGUUAGUGAUGCAUUUAUGGAACCAGCUGAGGGGAAGGAAAAAUCAGCUUUUUAUUCAAAUGUGCACUUCAUUUCUCUUUUGCAGAGAUAUAUGUACAGAAUGUGUUGAAUUUGUAUAUUAUUGUUUUUUUCAGGGGAAAAUAAUGAUAUAAUAUUUUAUUACAGUCAGUAGUCAUUUAAUAAUCCUGACUUGGUGGUUUUUUAAAAUUUAGUUGGUGUGUUUUGUUUUGCUUCUAAACAGUCGAUAAACUUGUGAUUCAGCUUCAUGUUAAUCUGCAAAUGAAUGACAAAUGAAACAAGCCUGGAUUCUGUAUUAUUACUAUUAUUAUCAUCAUUAUUAUUGUUAUUCUAAAUAUGGAGGUAUAUAAACUGUGAUCAGAAUAAAAUAACUCUCAGCACUAAUUAUAUAUUAAAUAUUUCAUUUUCUGGAUUUUUUCAUUUUGACAGUCUGACAGUGACAUCAUGUAAGUGUAAUCAGUGUAUGGUUCGCUCAUUCUUUUUUUUUUUCAAAAUAAAAUCUAAAAAAUCAGUAAACAGUUGUUUUUUUUUUUGUUUCUUCCUUUUUAAAACCUAAACAGAAAUGUAUAAUUUAACAAAUUUGAAAAAACCACAGUGUUGGAUUUUUGCUCUAGCUUUUUAAGCACGAAAUACAAAAUACGCCUGUGGUUUUAUUUUGGCAAUUGGAUUUUCCGUUCUGAAACGCGUAUUGAAAAACAAAAAACAAGUGGUUAUUUGAUUUUCAUUUUAAAAUACAAAAAUUAAAAUUGAAAUACAAGGCGUUUUUCCUUUUCAUGAUCAAAAAGGGAUAUACGAAAUUUGAAAAAUGCUUUGAUUUUCAUCUUAUAUUUAGAAAAACAAAAAAAUAAAAUCAGUAAGAGACAGAAACGAAAAAAGGUCAGUUUUUUCAUUUUCUGAGCCCCGAAGUGGUCAUCAGCAAGUGUGGAGCCAAACGACAACAAGAUUCUCAGGGGGCGGAGCCAGAGAGCAGUGAUUGGUCAGACCAUAGAUAUAUAUAUCAAAUGCCUUUAAGUUGAUUUGUUUUCUAAAAUAAAUCUAGUUUGAGUCCUAAUCUAUGCCUGUGUGUUUGCUUCUUUACACCGCUGUUAACAGUUUAGGCUGUUAGAUUGUUCCAGAUAAGACAAGUACAAGAUUCUUCAGAGCCGUUCUACCAGGAGUCUGACAGGAAGAACUCCAACAGCUACUGAAUGUUCCUGUGGUUCCCUCAAGGCUACAGGAGGAGUCCUACGAGGACGAGCCGGUCCACCUGAUGGCGGCCAGUCGCUGCGGUUCAAAGCCAACACCGACUACGUGGACUUCUACUGGACCACACGGAGGCCUUCAAACCGGACCAACAAGUUCAGCGACUCCCCGACUCGUGGGUCUGAGGACGUCGCCGAGCCUCGGCCCAGCCGGCCUCCUGUCUGUGGAUGUUUGAGUGCUGAGAGGUUUGUGGAUGCAUGUGAGCGUUCUGUGUUGAAACAGCAGCUUUGGACUCAGUAACGCUGGGAAAAAUCAAGAGCUCCUUUAUUUGUGACUUCCACUAAAAAAACUGAUGAAAACAAGUUUGCCAGGGUUCUGACUGAUAACAGAUUAAUAAAUAAUGAAAAUAAUCGUUUAAAUAUUCCUUUAAACAAUCCUUUUAGGUCUACGUUUCCUUUACACUGACUUCUUGGUAUAUGUACAAGUAUUUUGGGUGGAAUAUACCAUUAAGCCCAAUGUUCAAGGGUUCUUCUGGGAAUAUACCAUUAAACCAACCUUUUAAGUAAAUGUUCCAGGAUGUUGGGUAGAAUAUACCAUCAGAUCAACCUUUAAGGUCUACAUUGGAAGAUUUUAGAGUAGAAUAUUACUCCAAACCAUCCUUUAGGUCUACAUUUAAGGUGGAAUACUCCUUUACACCAAGAUUUUUUGGUCUACGUUGAAGGAUUUUAGGUGGAAUAUUCCUUUCAAUGAACUUUUUAAGUUUAUGUCCAAGGAUAUUGGGUGGAAUAUACCAUCAGACCAACCUCCAAGGUCUACAACACAUGUUGUGUUGUUGUAAACGUCCUCUUUCAAAUAAAUAUCCUCCUAACCCCCUGGAAACCAGCGUUUGUCCUGUUUUUGUGUUGCUCCUCAGCGACCCUAGACAGCCGGGUCAUAAUGUUUUUUGAGCAACACACCAUACUAUGACGUUUUUACAAUGAUGGUUCUACUAUGGAACCAGUUUGACAUGUUCACACGUUCUUUGUGUGAAAACUCAGAGAUUUCAGGUAUCAGAAGGUGGUUUUCAACUUUCUUUGUUAACUUUCUGCCUCAACUUUAAACUAAAUUUCCUUCAGUAACCCAACCCUCUGGACUUCCAGGAAGCUGUGUUCCUAUUGGCUGUCCAGGUGGCUGCUUGGUGUUAUCAGGAACACCUGAGCAGCUCAGUGUCUUCCUGCUUUAUUUAGCUGCAGCCAAACAUUUCCUCUGUUUCUCUUCACCACAGAACUGGGUUAGGCUCCGUUGCUUUGGUUUGUUGGUUAGGCGUUGGCUUGCAGCUUCCAGCAGUAAAAUUGUCUUUAAUGUUUUUCUUGGUGUGUUUUAGGGCUUUUUACUGGAUAGUCGUCUUGGUAAAUGUGGUUCUUUAGCCACCGUUAGCACAUGGUGCUAAUGUGUGCAGUGAUUACUGGAUUUGCUGCAGCUGAGUUGUGUCUUUAUCUUGGCUGUAGUGAGUUUUUAGAGGUUUCUGGUCAGACACAUUCUGUAUUCUUGUUUGAGAACCAACGUUGGUUGUCCAGAAGGUAAGAGUUCCUGUCCUGAUUCUCUGUUCUCAGAGGUUCUCUGGUAGGCUGCAGGAGACUUUAGCAUUUGGAUUGUGCUAGUUUGGUUUUUGUAUGGUUUCAUUUGGACGACUAUCUUGAGGCCCCUCCAUGUGGUUUAGUGAGGUUUUCUGGAACAGUUCUACAAAGCAACCUGCAGCAGAAGAGACUUUGAGAGUUUUUAGGAAGUUCUGGAGACCAGACUUUAGAGCAGCAGAAACAUUUGUCAGCAGUUUGAGCAGGAGAAGGUGAGCUUCAGAGUAGAAAUGAGACGGAAACCUUCUUGACCCGUGUGGUGAGGUCCUGUACCAAGAGUUUGAGCAGGUUGUGAAGAGUCUGUAGUUCUUUGGUCUGAAAGCACAAGAAGAGUCGACUCCUUAAAGGAGAAAACAGGAGAUAUUGUUGGUUCUUCUGUCGCUCUGCAGUUUCCAGUUUCCUUAGACUGAAUAUCAAGUUUAUAUUUUAAAUGAUUUCCCAUGUGAGCCCAAGAAGACUUCAAUAAACUCCCUCCAUCCCCUGGACACAACACAUUUUAUUACCAUGUUAAAUCUUUUUUUAAAAUAUGUUUUUGAGUUUUAAUCAGUUUUAGCAUAGUUUUUUCUCUUUGCUUGUGUAGUUUUGUCAUCUGUGUAAAAGGUGCUAAACAAAUAAAGUUGAAUUGAUAAACUGAAUAAU